CUUCUCCCAGUCCCAACUCAAGAUCCAUGGUUCAGCCCACCGACUGGCUGGGAAUCGACAGCACCUGGUACUGCUAUGAAAGUACGGUACUCUCCGUACAGGAAUAUCAGUAUUGGAGACUGCGCGGACACAUUUCAGGUGCUGUUUCGCACAUCAGACACCAACAACAAUGCUUCUUGGGGUGUCACCACCGUAUUCAUUCCAGCAUCGCAUACAGAGUGUAGCUCUACACAACCCCAAAAUUGUUCACGCGGCCUGGUCACAUACGAAGUCCCUUAUGACAGCGCUGAUCCAGACGCCACACCAAGUUACCUUUUACAAUAUGGCGAACCUUAUGGAGAGAUCUAUGAGCUUCUGAAACGUGGAUGGUUUGUCAACACACCCGAUUACGAAGGACCACUUUCUAGCUACUGUGCUGGAGUCCAAUCAGGGCACGCAACUCUUGACUCGAUCCGGGCUGUCCUCCAAGUUUCUCAAGAAUUCGGACUCAAUGCUUCUACAGCUCGGGCUGCAAUAUGGGGCUACAGUGGCGGAGCAUUGGCUUCUGAGUUUGCUGCUGAGCUUGCUGGAGUAUACGCCCCAGAUCUGAAAUUGGCGGGCGUUGUGCAAGGUGGCACUAUCCCAAACGUCACCUCAGCAGGGAACAAGAUGACUAGUAAAGACACAGCUGGGCUGGCUAUAGCUGGUAUCAUCGGUAUCACAAGUCAACAGCCAGCAGCAAGGAAAUACCUGGACAGCGUUCUAAGGAACACAGGAUCAUUCAAUUCAACCCAAUUUUAUACUGCUACAACCAUGAGUGGUUCACAGGUCCUUGUCGCUUUCGAAAACCAGAACAUCUCCGACUACUUCUACAACGGAACUGAGGCCUUGGCUGCCCCAGUUCUGGUAGAUGUAUACAACGACGAUGCUGUGAUGGGUCAUCACGGAGUUCCAAACAUGCCCAUGUUUAUAUACAAAGCAAUCCACGAUGAGAUGAGCGCGGCAGCUGAGACAGAUUUAUUGGUCGAUAGCUUUUGUCAGCAAGGAGCAAACAUUCUCUAUCAUCGCAACAGAGUUGGUGGUCACAACGAAGAGCUUUGGCAAGGGCGCGGGAGAGCUCUCGCAUACCUUUCUGCCGUGGUGGAUGGCACAGAUGAGAUAGAUUAUCCCAAAACAGGCUGCUCGAUCCAGAAUGUGACA